UUAUCUUAUUAAACUAACAUACCAAUACGAUGCAAUUUAGUAUACUUUCACUUACAUUACUCUCGUUAUUCAAGUUGGCCACUGCUGACGAUUAUGAUGCAACUACGGUUGUCACCACUACCCCACACACUACAGAAGUCACUACUUUCGUAGCACAAGAAGACAUUUACGGAACAGUAUACAUAUAUACCAAUGAUGAUGGUCAAUUAACUACCCAAACCGUGCUCAAUACUCAAACAAACAGUUAUGAUCCAGCCACCACUACAACUUCCUCCUCAAGUUCAUCUGCUUCUAGUUCAACAACUGCUUCUUCAUACUCACUCUACAAUGACCCAGUCUCGGAAACUGAUACUACUACCCUGGAACCAACCCUCGUCAUCCCCGUGGGCGAUUACACUACAAGCACAAAGAUCUCCACAACCACCCUUGAUAAUGGAAAUACUGCCAUAGUGGAACUUGUUGUUUUAUAUACUUCAGACUGUUAGACCCUUAUGAUAUCUUUUUUAUUUCUUUUUAUACUUUAUAGAUAAUAAUGUAUGUUUUUUUUGGUUGG